GACUUUCCUCUUUUAGCUCCAGAUUCUUGAGCUUCAUUUCCCAUUUUAUCAUCUUCCAUCAGAAGCAUCAGAGAUUCUCCAGCGGUCAUUAUCAUUCUUUUCUCUUAAAAAUGGCUGAGCCACAGGAAGGACCUCUGCUCAGGACCCCCAGUGAACAGGGCAGUGUUGGACAGCCCAGAGGCGGCUCCAACAAGCAGGCUCUGAAAGUGGCGGGUCUGACUGUGCUGGCUGCUGUUCUCAUCGCAGGCCAGGCUUUCACCGCCUACAUGAUGUACAGCCAGAAGGACAGGCUGAACUCUCUGGAGAGCCACUCCGCCCGCCUGGAGGAGCUCGGCCGCAGGGCCACAGUCGUACGCAGUCCCAUGAAGAUGGCUCUGCCCAUGAACUCUCUCCCUCUGUUCUUGGAUGAGUCUACAACUGGGGACAAGAAGGCCUCCACUCCUGCUCCUAAAAAAGAGCUGUCCCGGUGCCUGCAGGAGGCUGCGGGUUUGGUGGAGAUCCAACUGCCGGACUUCAGGCCCCGCUGUGAUGAGAACGGAGACUACGCUGCUCAGCAGUGCUGGGAUUUGGCCAAGAAGUGCUGGUGUGUGGAUAAGAGUGGAGCCAUUCUGCAGGACACUAUGGUGGAUGGCCCUGCUCAGUGUGGGUAAGAAGUUGCGGAAUGAAGUGUGAAUCUGCGAAGACGAGAGGAUCUUAUUCCCUUUAUGCACAACUUUAUGCUAACAUGCUUUACAACUUUCCUAUUGUUUUUUGUAUUCACAGUAUCUAAGUUCUCAGAAUUUAGCAUUCUUUAGCAUAGUACUCAGCAUUAUAUAAUGAUUAAAUUCUAGUUAGCAAAGUAAUAAGAAAGCUUUUUUAGCUGUAUAGAGGUAGUUAUUGAUACUAGCUAUAUUGAAGUAGGGUAGCUAUAUUGUGCUUUCUUUGUUAAUGGUUAGUUUGAUUAAUGUUACUGCUGUCAUUUCUUACUCAUACAACACAAUUUAAGGAAAAAGACUAUUACUAACCUUUCUAUUUUUUUUAAAUGAUGAAUGGUGCAUGGAGGAAGUGUUAAACAGUGUCUCUGGACAGUUGGAAUUAGUCAAAUGAAAAUAAACAUUUUACUAACACAUGUUGGGUUUAUGUUGGAAAUCUAGUAAAACACUGAAAUAAAAAAUGCUUGAUCUUUUCA